AUGAAAAGUACGAUUCAUGGUGGAACUACAAACAAAGACAUCAUUUCAAAUGUUGAAAAGGCAAAUGAAGAAGCACAGAAAAAUGUAGACGUAUUUGGAGACAAUUUAUACACUGUGUUAUUUUUUGACGAGGCCAAUACCACAGAAUCAAUUGGACUUCUGAAAGAAAUUAUGUGCGACAAAACGAUGGAAGGAUUACCAUUGAAAUUGUGCAAAAAUCUUAAACUGGUAGCCGCGUGUAACCCAUACAGACGACAUCCGAAACAUCUAAUAGAAAAACUAGAGAAAGCCGGUCUAGGAUAUCAUGUUCGUGCAAAUGAAACUAAUGACAGAUUGGGUCGAAUCCCACUCAGACGCCUAGUGUACAGAGUACAACCGCUUCCACAGAGCCUGCUACCUUUUGUAUGGGAUUUCGGGCAACUCACAAUUGAAGUCGAAGAAUUAUACAUCCGCCAGAUGGUUAAGCGAUAUGUAGAAAACCACAUUCCUCAGAGUGAAGACUGUAUAGAUGUGAUAAGUUCUGUUCUUACACAGUCACAAAAGUAUAUGCGAACAUUAAAGGAUGAGUGCAGCUUUGUUUCCCUCCGAGACGUUGACCGAGUUCUUCAAAUAAUGUGUUGGUUUUAUAGUAGACCAGAUGGCUCAUUCUUUGAAAAGGCCGACAAAAAGCUGAAGCUGAAGUACGCUACACAAGCUUUUGAAAACACUACUUUCCAUACUCUAAAGCUGUCAAAGGUGACAAGAUCUUUGGUACUUGCAUUAGGCGUUUGUUACCAUGCUUGUGUAAAUGAUAGACAAAACUAUAGAUCUUUCAUAGCAAAGUUCUUCCGCCAGCCUUGUGCAUUACCGAGGGGAGCAGACCAAAUUUGGGAGGAGAUAAACAGUUGCCAGGAAGUUAUUAUUGAAGCCGUUACCCUUGAAAAAGACAUCGCCAGAAAUCUUGCACUUAAGGAAAACGUUUACAUGAUGGUUGUUUGCAUUGAGCUGCGUAUUCCAUUGUUUCUCGUUGGUAAGCCAGGAAGCUCAAAAUCGCUUGCCAGACUCAUAGUAGCCGAUGCCAUGCAAGGCAGUUCAUCUAAAAACGAGCUUUUCAAAGACAUGAAACAGGUGCAGAUGCUUUCUUUCCAAUGUAGCCCGCACUCUACACCUGCUGGUAUCUCUACGACGUUUAGACAAUGUGCUCAAUUUCAAAAGAAUAACAAUCUUGAUAAGUUUAUAUCGGUUGUUGUACUGGAUGAAGUGGGCUUGGCAGAGGAUAGUCCGAAAUUACCACUGAAGACAUUGCAUCCUCUCCUGGAAGACGGAUGUCAAGGAGACGAGGAACCAGAGCCAUACAAAAAGGUUGGUUUUAUCGGAAUAUCCAAUUGGGCACUUGAUCCUGCUAAAAUGAAUCGUGGUAUUUUUGUUCAGCGUGGUGUUCCAGACUCGUCUGAAUUAGAGACAACUGCAAGGGGAAUUUGUCAGAAAACGAUUGCCUUUCCUGGCAUGGAAAAACUAGUACACGAGUUAGCAGGGGCUUAUCUGAAAGUCUUUCAAAUGGCAACUGAAACAAAACGCGAGUUUUUCGGACUCAGAGACUUUUACUGUCUUAUGAAAAUGAUCAACAAGUUUUGCGAUGAUUCAAAGGGAUUGCCGUCUUUUCAUCAGUUACAGUUUUCCCUGACGAGGAACUUCAGUGGCCUCGAAACCUUUAACCCGGUUGACAUUUUCAUCAACGAAACAAACUCAAGCGUGCCAAUCAAAUCUUUGCCACAAAAAAAUGACCCUGAUUGUUCUUUCAGAGGUCUUAUAAAGUCUUGCCUAUCAGAUACAAACAGUCGUCAUUUGCUUCUGAUAACUGAGAAUUACAGCGCUCUUUCAACGUUUCAACAACAAUUUCUUGAAAGAAAAACUCACUUAAAGCCAAAGACAAUUUUCGGAAGCAGUUUUAGACGCGACCAAGAAUAUACACAGGUUUGCAGAAAUAUCAACAGAAUUAAAGUUUACAUGGAAACUGGAAAUACGGUAAUACUGUUGAAUUCUGAAAACCUCUAUGAAAGCCUCUACGAAGCUCUCAAUCAGUACUAUGUAUCUUUUGGUGGACAUAAAUACGUUGAUUUGGGACUUGGAACGCAUCGAGUCAAGUGUCCGGUGCAUGAUAAUUUCAAACUGAUUGUUGUGGCGGAAAAACAGACUGUCUACGACCAGUUUCCGAUUCCACUUAUAAAUAGGCUUGAGAAACAUCAUUUGACAUCAUCUACCAUGCUUGAUGCUGACCAAAUGGAACAGGCGGAGCUUUUGAAAGAUUGGAUAAUGGAAAAAACAAAAUUAGCACUGCCACAGGACCGAAUGAAAUGGAACUGGUCUCUAAAGAAACUGAGUAUCAUUCACAUGCAGAAUAAUUAUGUGAUGAAUAGUAAUGAAUAG